AUGGGCGAGAACCGGAAAUCCUAUCCUUACGUUGAUAUCAACGUCACUGCUCAAGCUGUUCUUUACACCGCAGACUGUAGACUGUAUUACUUGUACUGUUUGUAUUUCAUCUUUGAGAAAUCUGUCUUGACACUUUCGUUUGUCUUACGGUUUAUCAGUGCGUUGUUCUGCUGUUCCAUAGUGUGUCUUACAACCAAUUCAACCUUUGUUGUUCAGAGUAUAUUUCGAGUGGUGUUCCACGACAGACGGCUUCAGUACACUGAGCAUCAGCAACUCGAAGGCUGGAGGUGGAAUCGGCCAGGGGACAGAAUACUCGACAUUGAUAUUCCAAUGUCUGUGGGCAUAAUUGAUCCCAGGGCAAACCCAACACAACUGAAUACUGUAGAGUUUCUUUGGGAUCCCUCAAAGAGGACUUCUGUGUUUAUUCAGGUGCAUUGCAUCAGUACGGAGUUCACUAUGCGGAAGCACGGUGGAGAGAAGGGUGUGCCGUUCCGAGUUCAGAUUGACACCUUUAAAGAGAAUGAGAAUGGAGAAUAUACGGAGCACCUGCAUUCUGCAAGCUGCCAGAUCAAAGUCUUUAAGCCCAAAGGAGCUGAUAGGAAGCAAAAGACGGACAGGGAGAAAAUGGAGAAGCGGACUCCUCAAGAGAAGGAGAAGUACCAGCCUUCGUACGAGACUACGAUACUUACAGAGGUAAGCCAUUCGGCACUGCAGAGGAUGGUGCGGCCAAGACUGACUAUUUACGUCUGCCAAGAACCACAGCAGUUACGAGACCAGCAGAAACACGAGGAUGGGGAUGCAGGCAGCAGUACUUUCUUCGUCUACCACGCCAUCUACUUAGAGGAGUUGACCGCCGUGGAGCUGACAGAGAAAAUAGCCCAGCUCUUCAGCAUUUCUUCACAGCAGAUCAGCCAGAUCUACAAACAGGGUCCCACGGGGAUACACGUCAUCAUCAGUGACGAGAUGAUACAGAACUUUCCAGACGAGUCAUGUUUUGUCUUGGACACAAUGAAAGCUGAAACCAAUAACAGUUACCACAUCAUCUUAAAAUAAAACCAGAGACUUGGACGUAAUCGCCUCUUUGUGCACGUGCUCAGCUUCCUCUUCUGUCUUGGCACCUGGAUACCGGCAAGAUAUCCACCAAAGCGACUGAGAUUCCUCCUUGUCACUUUAGCAUGUUGCCUCUUGCGAGGUGAACACCCUGUACUGUGGCCGGCACGCAGGCAGACGUCUCCUGUAAGCACGCCACGGCUUGUUUGGUGUUCAACAACAUGGCUACAACUGCCAGGCUGAUCGGUGAAUGGAAACUUUGCAGUAACGUGCCAGUGGUUGGGGAAGAGCCGCCAAUCAAGUAUGGCUGCAAGACUUCGAUGGGGAGGGAGGGAGAAAUAAUGGUUGCGACAACAGUGCUCCGGACACCCCUGGAAGUGAGCAUCUGUUCUGGAAAGCUUCUUGUUCCAGCUGUACAAGCGUUCUGGAUGUGGAUUUGGCUGAUGCGGCCAAGGGGAUUUCUAGGUUUUGGACCAAUUUGUUAAAGACUCAGUUCUCGUGCGAACUAUUUCAAACCUCAUUGGUUUUUUAGGUAAAGAGGCACAUGUAUGCGUGCAUGUUUGUGAGUGACCCAUGGUUUUGUCUCUUCCCUGCCAGUAUAAACCAGAAGGAAUUCAGUUUAUGAACUGCAGCAUGGGAAAGGGCCGCCUACAGCUUUAUUCUGCACUCCAGUUCAAGAGAUUCAAGAGCAGAAGAGAAAAUGGCUGCAGUAGAUGUAAUCGGCUGGCUUUUUAUUUCUUUGCAGACACCUUCCCCGCCCCCUUCCCUAAGAUGAGGUGAAGCAGGGGCAAAGGGAGUGCUAAGAGACCCAUGUGGCCCUGAUUGUUUGGAGUAUAUAGAACUGACAGAGGUCAGUCCUGGAUGAAUCCUUCAGAAACCCAUAGUUGCAUCAUUCAGGAAACAACUAGUAGCAACAAUAUAGCCAAGGUUGUGGAAACUCCACGGAGACCAAGUGCCUGCCUCUCUGUUUCCAGGGUAGCAACCAGUCUCUCGGGUGAAGGCAUCAGCCUUCCGAAAUGGAUGCUAAAAUGCAUUUUCCUAGCCUUGGAAGAAAAGGUGGAGGGGGCGGGGCUGCUGCAUUUUCAAAGAGGAAACCCUAAAACCAAGGGUGGGCCGCUUGCUGGAGGGGAGACUCAUGCACCCCCUUAGCCUUCCAGUCCUUUAUCAAGCUGGCCUUCACGGCAAUUCCGAAAGCUUCUCCCAGUUUCUUGCAACCCGUUUCUGCUCAGGGCAUUAAUAAAAUGAAUUACGGAGGCUGGAUAGGUGGCCGUUAAAUAUCGCCUGUGCUUAAUGUAAGCAGAGGAUUUUGGGGAAAGCUUGCUGGAGUUUUUGAAUGAAACCUGGCGACACAGGCUUCUCCCAAGGCGAUUUGUGUCGUUUUUAUCAGUUUUUACAUGAUUUUUGUUUUUUACUAAGAAAGGGGAACGUUUUAAUUAACCGGAUUUCUUUAUAAUCUAGUACGAUGCCCUCAUAAGGUGGUGGGAAUUUGGGAUUGGUCAAAUUAAAAAUCAAGGGAGGUAGGGGAGCAACCCUGUCGUUGCCUCUCAGAGGCACUGAAGUGAUUAAAAUGCCAGUUCCUGCCAUAUACAUGUUAAUAAGGAUCAGCUUCUUUCUUAGUCAGUCCCCAUUCAGUUGCUGUUGGAGAUGGGAAUUCAUAAUCACGGCAUUGCUCACACAGUCUCCCCUCUGCAAACCUGGCCAGCCAAAGCUUGUACGGUUCUGUGGUUUGCUUUAAGGGGAUACCAAGACUUUGAUGUGUGUGUCCCAGCAGUAUGCUUCAUCAGGCAACAUGGACAAAGUAAUGCAGGUAACCCCCUGCGCUGAACGAACAGAGUCCAUCUUUCAGUUCCUGGGGAUGACCAGCUGACUCUCGCACAGAGGUAAUCCCUUCCUUCCCAUGAGCCCCUAAACUGAACUGACCUCUUACGACCAUAACCAAAAGUGGUGUAGAGCAAAUGACAAGAGCUUGUGCUGUUGUGGGAUUUCUGGUUCCUGUCAGGAAGCGACAGAGGGUGAUGUUAUCCUGUCUGCCAACAGUACCAAGUUUGCCAUACCAAAGGGCAGCUGAAUUCUUUCCUUCCCCCCUUCCCGAACUCUUCUCUUGAAAGCUCUUCAGGAAGGUUGGUGGUGUCUUCCAGCAGGCAUCAAUGAAGGUAGCUCACAUAUUGGCCGUUCUUCCUGAUGCUGUGAUAGUUUGUGUCAUGCUUUUGGGUUUUUUUUUGUUAAACCAGAGAAUGAAAUUAUGAACUCAACCAUGGCUACGUGUCUUCUUCUGACAGGCCUCCUUGCUUAAUAAAACUUGGGCAUCUCUGGCUAUCAAA